UAUACAUAAAUUAAGUUGAGAUUUUUUAAUUGUGGGCAUUACAGUGCUGUGUAAUUGAGCGCAAAGGAGACGCCCACUUCUGAGUUAAGAGGCAGCGCAGUGACGGCUCUGUCCCCGCGCCUGCUGCUGCUGCUGCCGCCGCUGCCGCUGGCAACCUGUACUGGGCAAAACAGACCCGCUAAGGAUCAGAAAACGAGGCGCAUUUGCUGCGCUAUCGAUGCUAACGGACCUAAAAAUAACCGCAGCCGGGAUUUCGUUUCAUGCAGAACUGGACCUGGGAGAGAUACGGUAGAUAUUGUGAUAUGAAGCGCAGCUGCGGCAUGACAGCUGCAGAGGAGCUCUGCCGGACUAUUUACAUUUGGGUGUGACAAAUGUUUUGUUCCAUGCCUUUGAAAUUGCAACAGAAAUCGAAGAUAAGGAGACGGAGGUACUGGAUGAAAUUGUUUGCGGAUGGAAAGCGACGGGCCAUUUUUGCUUAAAGUUACAUUUCAUUCGGAUGUUUGGAUCUUUUGUCUAUUCUUUUCAGGCGCUUCACUGUCUGAUAUUUAGGAUCUUUUAGGUUUUUAAUGUAACGUAUGGGAAUUUGGGUUUUUUUCGUUUUCUGGGUGCUCGGAACAAAUGCAUUCAUUGCUGGAUCGGAAAAAGAAAGAAGCCGGGGUUGGGACUGAUCUGUCUCCGAGCUCGCUGCCCCAAGCUCCGAGGAUGUUCAGCUGUGUGGGCUGUUUUUGGGUCCUCUUAUCUUCGGCUCUGGUUGCCAUCUGUAGUUUUAGUUUCAUCUCUCCUGCGUGGAUUGUUAAAGAUCACCUGAAAAAUAAGGACUCCGUGAGCUUCGGCUUACUUUGGCACUGCUCUGAGUCAUUGGACCACAUGUACAGAUGUUAUACAUUUGGCGGGCUGGGCAGAUUCGCUGAAAUUCCUUCUGGCUCUUGGCAGACUAGUGCGGUGCUGUGCUCCGGGGGCUGUGCAUUGCUGGCUGUCAGCUCCUUGCUGGCCAUCAUCACCAUCUUCCUCCCCAGUGGGUCGUGUGAGCGGAGGGUUUGCACGCUGGCUGGGUACAUGCAGAUGGCAGCAGUUUUCAUCAUGGCUUCUGGACUUCUGGUGUACCCUUUCGGACUUAACUCCGCCCUUGUGAAAUCAUCCUGUGGGGAUUCAGAGAUCUACUAUGCAGGAGAGUGUCAGAUCGGUUGGGGUUACAUGCUGGCUAUCGUGGGCGUCAUGCUCACGCUCUUCCUGCCAUUCUUCGCAAAAUAUGCACCCAAGGAGCACGCGUCUCCCACCCCAGUGCCCACCAUUUUAUAAUUACCCCAGUACACACAUGCGCACCUUUUUACAACUCCCAAAGCAAAGUGCUGUACACCUUCCCCUGGGGGGGACUGUUUUGAAUAAGACACAAGCUUGUAACAUACCCAAAGUACAUGUCUGUCUUCCCUCAUACAAUAAACUACUUUAGCAUUAUUUACUUUUCAGAAUAAGACUGGUUACAUGUGUUUUACACAAAGCAUUCCACCAUCAGUGGUGAUUUCCUGUUCUUGUUUUAAUUGUUUUUGUUUAGACAAAUGUCAGUAGAGCUGAAAACUUUUGCCUGACAUAAAGUGACACCCUGUACAGAACACUGAUGAUUAUGUGCAUACAAGAAGACGCAUAUAACCACAGCAACAGCAGACAUGCCAGUAAGACAGAAGAAAAGGUGAACAUAACAUUCCAAAAUGACUUCUACUGUCGGGGAAUUUUUGCAAGAAAGAUGGAAGGAAAAAGAUGAAAGCUGAUCUAAGGACAAGGAGUUCUUCAGGGACAAUUUAUAAUUAAAAAAGCUGGAUGCAGUUCAAUAAUAGUUUUCCAAUCAGUGCCAAUACUUCUGUGGACAACUGAGGUUUUGCAUUUGAAAACAAAAGAAGCAAGUUACCCCCGCUAUUUACACUGGCAUAUGGAGUCUGAUCAUACUGAGGGCAUGUUUACCUGUGUCUGUGGUAGAGUGAUCUAGUUUGAUGUUACAUGUGAGGGUUAGCAUUGUAAACAGCUGGAUUUGGAGAGGAAGUGAUUGAAGGUGUUACGCAGACAGGCAAUACCGGGAAAUCAAUUUUCUUCUAAUUCUAUGUACGUUUAAAAUGUCUUGUGGUUGAGGCAAUGUCAGUGAUUUAUUUGAAAAAAAAAUGACUGCAGACUUACACAUCAUUGAGGAUG